CAAAUGUAUUUGUAAUCUGAAGUUGACUUCAUUCUUAGGCCUAAAAAAAAUGUUAUGUUGGCAUAACAGGCCCCAAAAAAUAGGCACUUCACAAAAAAGAAAAAAUGAAAAAAAAAAUCACAGGAAAGAACAACCUGAUGGCGAGAAGAUUGAUGAAGAAUCUGUAGACAUUGAUACCUUUGCUAGAUCACCCCGAGAUAGUGAAAAUGUUGACCAAGCACCAGUCAAUGAUUCUAUACAACCACCAGUAAGAAGAUUGAUCAAGAAUCUGUUGUUUCCGACACUGAAAGCUUUGUUAUAUCACCACCAGAUACCCUCCAGCAAAAUGUGGCAUUUUUUGAAAAUUGGAAAAAACACAAAUCUUGAUUGGCUUGAAGUCAAUAGACUGUUGAAAAUAAGUGGUGUAAAUUUGAUACCAGUAUUUGAUGCCAAAACAGUGCAUGUUAAAAUCAAGAGUGGAGUGAAGUCUGAUGCUGUACCUUGUGCUACAGUUGAGCGUGAUACUAUGAUGUGUACUUGUCAUUCAGCGUCUGCCAAAGUAAAACCAUCUGUGAAGCCAUCAUCAGGUAUCGUAAUGAAAAUCCUGUAGUUUCAACCAUUACCAUUAACAAUGUGCUUGACAUAGGGCUAAUGCCUGCCAAAAUUUUUCAUUACAAUAUUAGACAUCAGAGAAAUGUACAGAAGGUCUUCUUUCUUCUUUUUUUUUUUUUAACUUUAUAAUACAGCUAAAUGUCCUAAGAAAAAUUAUAUCUUAACACUGUAAUAACCUAGGAAUUCAGGGCUUCAGUGUACGGUUCCGACGAAUUACCCAAAUCAUAUGGAUACCAAAAUUAUACCCUAAUGAUACAGAAUUAUGCAAAUAAACAUCCAAAUGAUGAUGAAUUACCAAAAUGUGUAUAAAUAACUACUGUAAGUAUAAGGGGGGCCAAAGGCAUUGCAGCCUAGCCUACCAUUUCACUAGGCUACACUGUCUUGUGGUUACCUACAGUCUAAAUGCACUGCAAGUCAAAUCAGCUAGUCAGUAUAAAUUUAUUAACAUUGACCCUUUAUCUUGUUAAUAAUUAAUUACGGUUCAGAUAUUCAAUAAGCAUCUAUUAUUUGUUUGUUUGUUUGUUUUUGUCACUUUGGCUGUCAAAAAAUGAUAGCAAACUGCUCUAUUUUUAUUUUUAAUUCCGUAUCAUUAGGGUAAUUCUACAAUUUAACUUGCCUUAGUUAAAUCCAAAAUGCCAGUGAAAAAUGUUUUGACUUGGAUGAAAUUUGACUUUAGAGAGUUAAGCAGUCAAUGUCAUUUGGGUAAUUCUAUAUUUGGUAAUUCAUCGGACCGGUGCACAGUGGGCCAGACUUAAUUACUCAUUACAGAAGCAAAUCUAAGCGAGUACAAGACUUAUUUAGAGGUUUUCAUACCCGUAGAAUUCAAUAAAAGCAUUUUCAAAUCUAUAUGACAUCAUUUUUGUACUGUUUUCUUAUUGGACGGUGUCAUUUUUCAUUGUAAUACCAAAACAAGUUCAUAUUGCAAUGAUUUUUGAA